CUUUAACAACUACUGCCAGCAGAACAACAUUUACAAAGUGUUUUACCAUUACCAGCCAUGUUUCAUCAAACAUUAAAACAAAUUUACUUACUUUUAUUUGUUAUACAAACCAUUGUGCAGGCUGAAAAUAUUACGGACUCUGAUGAAAUAUUUGAUAGCGAUAACAUGGAUAAUCCUGAAGAAACUGGACCGUAUUUAGAAGGUGAUAUUAAGGGUGCAGCCGAUGAUUUCUUUAAUAUUCUACGUAAUGGUAUAGUGUCUACUUCCUAUAGAUGGCCUCAAGCUAUAGUGCCAUACGAAAUUGAAGGAAACUUUGCUACAAAUGAAUUGAGCAUUAUAUCACAUGCCUUUAAUGAGUAUCAUACCAAGACGUGUGUACGUUUUCGCAAACGUACCAAUGAAAAGGAUUACAUAGUGCUUACCAAUAAGCCAACUGGCUGUUGGGCUAGUUUGGGACGUAUGGGCGGUCGUCAAGAAGUUAAUCUGGAAUCGCGCAAAUGUUUUUUCAACUAUGGCACCACUAUGCAUGAGUUAAUGCAUGCUUUGGGUUUCUAUCAUGAGCAGAAUCGUUUUGAACGUGAUUCUUAUGUCAAAGUAAUAACGGAAAAUAUUAAACCUAAUAUGCUGGUGAAUUUUGGUAAAGUUCCUGUUUCUGCUGCCACGGCUUAUGGAGUUCCUUAUGAUUAUGCCAGUGUUAUGCAUUAUAAAUCUACCAGUUUCUCUAAGAAUGGUAAACCUACCUUGGAAGCUUUACAAGCUACACCGGAAGCUGCAAAAAUGGGCCAACGUUAUGGUUUCUCUAAAGGCGAUAUUCUCAAAAUUAAAGCCAUGUACCGAUGUCAAUGAAAAUAGUUUUGGAUUAUAGCAAUAACAAUUUUAUUUAAAAUGUGUUUUUAUUUAAAAGUGAAAAUAUAUAAUUUUUUUAAAAUCGAAGUUGUUAACAACAAUCUUUGGUUAUAAAUUUACUGUAACUACAACUAAACUACAAUAUAUGUAUAUUUCUCAAAUCUUUUCAAUUAAUAAAAAUAUUUAAUCAAUUUCUUUUAAGAA